CCAGAUUUAUGACUCAUCCUGCCACCUAGACCGAAGAUCCUAACGAUAUGCAAAGAGGGAAGAAAUCAAUGGGGAGGGCUGGGCUGAACCGCAGAAGAGAGGUUGGGGACCGGAUACGGAUGUUAGGCGGAAAGACCCGUCCCGCGCCCCUGGCAUUUAAGAAGACAGGUCCUGAAGGGGCUUUAACAGCUGCGGCGCGGUCGGCGUGGUCGCGCCACCCUUAGACGUAGUUCUGUCCUUGGCCGCGUGCCGUUUGCUUUCUACUUGUCGCUGCCACUUCAUCCUCGGUGCUGCGGAAUCUACUGCCCAGCACCGAAGCGUGAGGGCCUCCGUAGCUCCACCGUUUCUAGAAGCCUGCCGGCGUUUUUUCUCUGGCUCUACCAUGCCGACGGUGCUGGGUUUUGAAGGCAGUGCCAACAAGAUUGGUGUGGGAGUGGUGCGUGAUGGUAACGUGCUGGCGAACCCGCGACGAACUUACGUUACACCUCCAGGCACGGGGUUCCUUCCAGGUGAUACUGCCAGGCAUCACCGGGCUGUUAUCCUAGACAUUCUGCAGGAGGCCCUAACAGAAGCUAGAGUAACCUACCAGGAUAUCGACUGCAUUGCUUACACCAAAGGUCCUGGCAUGGGUGCCCCAUUGGUUUCUGUAGCCAUUGUGGCCCGUACUAUGGCCCAACUAUGGAAUAAACCAUUGCUAGGUGUGAACCACUGUAUAGGCCACAUUGAAAUGGGCCGUCUCAUCACUGGAGCCACCAGCCCAACUGUGUUGUAUGUCAGUGGAGGAAAUACGCAGGUGAUUGCUUACUCAGAACGUCGUUACCGCAUAUUUGGUGAAACCAUCGAUAUUGCCGUUGGUAAUUGUCUGGAUCGUUUUGCUCGAGUGCUGAAGAUUUCCAAUGAUCCUAGUCCAGGCUACAACAUUGAACAGAUGGCAAAGCGAGGCAAAAAGCUUGUUGAGCUGCCAUAUACUGUAAAGGGAAUGGAUGUCUCAUUCUCAGGGAUUCUGUCUUUCAUUGAGGAUGUAGCCCAACGGAUGCUGGCCACAGGCGAGUGUACUCCUGAGGAUCUAUGUUUCUCCUUGCAGGAAACUGUGUUUGCAAUGCUGGUAGAGAUCACAGAGCGAGCCAUGGCACAUUGUGGUUCCCAGGAAGCCCUCAUUGUGGGAGGUGUGGGGUGUAAUCUGCGGUUGCAGGAGAUGAUGGAGACAAUGUGCCAGGAACGGGGAGCUAAGCUUUUUGCCACAGAUGAGAGAUUCUGCAUUGACAAUGGAGCCAUGAUAGCCCACGCUGGCUGGGAGAUGUUUCAGGCUGGACAUAGAACGGCCAUCAGUGAUUCUGGGAUUACACAGAGGUAUCGUACAGAUGAAGUAGAAGUGACCUGGAGGGACUAACAAGAUUAACAAGAAAAGAGUAGAUAGUUCCCUAAUUAGAACUCAAAGGACCCUGGCCCUUAAUCUCCUGAUGUGGGAAUCUUGGCAAUGCUAUGGACUCUGCUCUUACCUGGCCUUGCUGUGGACUCUGAUGUGAGGCUUGAUGUCUCAUAUGGAACUUCUAAAUGACUCAGCAAUAAAAUGCUUUUGGUUUUGUA